AUGAACGAAAAGACAUCCACCUCGUCAAUCACUCGGAUUGUCCAAAUGAACACCAAGUUCUACUACAUCCUAGGCCUGAUGCCGUACCAAGUGAAGGGAAGCCGUAUCAAGCUGUCCAAGUCGCUGUGCUGUGCGAUUGGAGCUUUCGUUGCACUGUACUGGAUUUCCAUGAUCAUUUCGAUCGUCACCAGGACCUACGUAAACGAUCGUAUCUCGCGUAUCUCCAACUACUUUCAACUGAUCAGUAAUGCCAUCAUGCUCACAACCCUGCUCGUCAAUCCGAUGUUCAAGCUGAACGGCUUUGCCGAAAUCAUCCGUGCGCUGAACAAGUUCGAAGACGAGCUCAACAAGGACUCGAUCUAUCCCAACUAUUCCACGCACAUUCGUUGGAACAUCGGCAUUUUCACCGGUGUAUUCAUUCUACUCUUGGCCAUGACCACCUUCGACUGUUACGUAACGGUCUUCAGCGGUCACAUCACCUUCGAGUACUGGCUUAUCACCAUUUUCCCAAACUUGGUCAACGUCCUCGCCGUAACUCAAGCCAUCCUGCUUCUACUCUACAUCAGCUCCCGCUUUCGCAUUCUCAACGAACUGCUGCUUCUCGAGCAAAACCCACUAGCGGACCUGAAGAAACCCUGCAACAAAAUCCGGGCCUCUACCGGGUACACUCGAACCAUCAAAAACAACAUCCACAUCGUAGAACUGUACGACCUCAGUCUCAACAAGUGCUACCGACUGCCCAAGAUCCUGUACCGCUACAACGACCUGUACGAGCUGUGCAAACUCCUAGACAAACACUUUGGAAUUCUCUUUCUGCUGACCUUCACGUCCAUCUUCAUCGUCACCACCAUCCAACUCUACUACAGCUACACCAUACUGUACUGGUUCACCGGCAAGAACGGCUUCACCAUCUGGUCCCUGCUCGUUUGCUUCAACACGAUCGCCAUGAACCUAACCGUCCUGCUAACCAUCGUACUGCUCUGCGAAAACAUUUCCAACAAAUCCAAAGUCGCCAACGAUCUCGUGUCCGACCUUCAGCUUCGCGGAUCCCGUCACAUGAAUUCCGAGGAAAUCCUCAAGAUUACGACACCGUUCCAAAUGUCCAACAAGAUGUUCAAGUUCUCAGCGAUGGGAUUUUUCUUCAUCGACUGCAACAUGCUGUGUGGGAUGAUUGGAGCUAUCACAACCUAUUUGGUCAUCUACAUCCAGUUUUACAUUCUGUACGCCGAUGAGGUGAAGAAAUCGAUGUUUGUGUCACGGUUUGUCUAGUGUGGAAAAAAUCUGACAUUGGCAUUGAACAAUUUGAUGCGCAC